AUGAUCUUAGUAAUAAUAAUUGUUUGUAUUAUAUCAACAAUAAUAUCUUCUUCUGAAGUAACAAAUUCAACAAAUCUUCCACAAGCAAUUAUAAUUGGUGUAAAAAAGUGCGGUACACGAGCUUUAUUAAAAUUCCUAUCUAUACAUCCAGCUAUAGCUGUUUCAUCAGCUGAAGUUCAUUUUUUUGAUUCACCAAAAAAUUUUCAACUUGGUCUUGAUUGGUACCGAAAUCAAAUGCCAAUAAUUAAAAAUAGUCAAUAUUUAACUAUAGAAAAAACUCCACAUUAUUUUAUUGAUAGACAAACACCAGCACGUAUAUUUCAUUUAUUACCUGACGUAAAAUUAAUAUUAAUUUUACGAGAUCCAAUUAUACGAGCUAUAAGUGAUUAUGUACAAAUAAAAAGUCGACAUGAAUUUUAUCCAACAUUUGAUGAAUUUAUUUCAAUGAAAAAUUUUACGCGUUGGACACCUAUUAAAAUUGGUUGUUAUGUUAUAUAUCUUCGUCGUUGGUUAAAAUAUUUUCCAUUAGAACGAAUACAUUUUGUUGAUGGAGAAAAUUUAAUUCAACGACCAUGGCAAGAACUUGAAUACGUACAAAAAUUUUUAAAUAUAUCAAAUCAUAUUGAACAAGAACAUUUUUAUUUUAAUUCAAAUAAACGUGGUUUUCCUUGUAUAAAACAACCAAAUGGAUGUUUAGGUUCAUCAAAAGGUCGACCACAUCCUUUAAUAACAGAAAAUACUCGAGAGAAAUUAAAAAAUUUAUAUUCAACAUGUAAUCAACAAUUUAAACAACUUGCUCAAAUUAAUUUCUCUUGGCUUUAA